AUGGCUUUCAUCAAAACCAUUCCACCACUCAAAGGAGACAACUACGUUGAGUGCAGGAAAAAGAUCGACAUGGCCUUCACCUUUGCUGAGGUGGACUGGGUCCUUAACACAGAGCGUCCCAUCCAGCCCAUGGCACCUGUGAGGGCAACAGAUGAGACAGAUGAUGCAUGGCAGAAAAGAGAAAGAGAGUUUGCUCCCAUCCAGAUGUCUUAUGACCUUGAAAAGAAAAAGUGGGAAUCAGCAAACAAGAAAUGUAAAACGCUUGUACAGAACACGAUGGAGUCUCACAUAUCAGAUUUGAUUCUAGUAGUUGACAGUGUUAAAGAUUAUCUUGGUACCAUAAAGAGGCAGUUUAAGACAUAUGCAAUAGAGAUGGUCAAAGAACUGAUCUCACAGAAAUAUACUGGUGGUGGCACUGGUAUUAGAGAGAACAUCCUGUUGACGCCGUUUUUGGACACAUCAGUUUUGCAUCAGCACAUCCUUAGAAUGAGUCAUCUAGCAUCUAAGAUGAAAAAGUUCAAGGAUCUCACCAUUACUGAUGCUUUCCUUGUUCAUUUGGUUUUUGCAUCAUUGCCAAAAGAGUUUGAAACUUUUGUUGUUAACUACAACAUGCAACCAGAAACAUGGGACUUAGAAAAGACCAUUGCUAUGUGUGCUCAAGAAGAAGAGAGAAUCAAGGCUUCAAAUGGUGGUUCAAUCAACCAUUUGAGGGACAACAAGAAAAAUAUUUGCCAUUCUCCUUCAAAGAACAAGGGAAAGGGCCCUAUGCAGCAAUAG